AUGGAUCUUGCUUAUGAUCAUAUCCUAGAGGAGGCUCUCUCCCCGGAACAGGGAGCCGAACAGAAGACAAAGCCGGCGGAAACGAACACGCUCAACUCCGACCUCCAGGAAGCAUACAAAGCUAUCUCCUUAAGCCCUUGGGGUGCGAAACUAGGGGGCUUCCUUGGAACUGUAGUCAAGCAGGGCGAGUCUGUCUACAAAGAGGCCCAGAAGGAACUUACAGAGGUCGGGGAAGAAGCCACCAAGGGACUAAGUGAUCUGCGAUUAUCUAUUGUCAGUCGGACCAGAGCCAUAUCUACAGCCCAGACCCCCGCGACCAGCGAACAGACCGAGAAGAAUGGUGAAGCUAGCGGGGAGAAGGAUAUGUCGACUGAAGAGGCACUGAAGGAGUCCGAGGGCGUCCUGGCUAGAUUACGAUCCGAGGCCGCCAAACGAUUGAAGGAAAUAGAAAAGGCAGAAGAUGCUGCAGAUGAGGCACUCCUAAAAUUUGGAACAAACCUCCGAAACUUCCUUCGGGAUGCAGUCACUAUCGCACCUCCAUCCGGCGAGGAUGGUGCGCAAGGAAGUACGGUACUGUUUGAGAGCAAAGAUGCUUCCGGGAAGAGAGUCAUUCAUACUACGCGAUUUGAUGCGCAACUCCACGUUAUCCAUUCGUCUCAGGACAGCUUUACCAAGGACCCGGUCAGCGAAGAGUAUGAGUCUUGGAAGAAGACAUUCAACGCCGACAACCAAACCGAUGAGAUAAGCAAGGACUUGGAGAAGUUUACUGAGCUGCGCUCUUCCAUGGAAAAGCUGGUCCCGGAUACUGUGUCUUAUGAAGACUUCUGGGCCCGCUACUACUUUCUUCGACAUAGCAUUGAGACAGCCGAGGCACGAAGAAGAGAUCUACUCAAAGGCGCCGCAGCUUCUGCAGAAGAAGAGGUUGGAUGGGAUGAGGAAUCCGAGGAUGAGAGUGCUCCAAAGACUGCCAAGGCGAAAUCCGAGAUCGCCCGCCCUGCUUCCACUGGAUCAUCCACCACUCUCCACCCAGCAACUCCGGUCCAAGAUUCCACAUUCCUGAAGCCAGAGGAGUCACGAAAAUCCAACGACGAGGUAUCCCGGGCUGACAGUGACGGUUCCUAUGACGUUGUGGGGGCAGCUUCUGGCGCGCCUAGUCGUGCCCCCGGUAGUCCCAAAGAAUCGCCAAAAGGAGAGGAUAGCGAGGAAGAGGAUUGGGAGUAG